AUGUCGUCCGGAGGCUAUUCGGAUCCCCCGCCGGGGCUCGCAGUUAUGACGCCCCCGAUUUCCGUCAGAGACCUGGAAGCUGAGUUCUCGGCGCCGAAGACGAGAGCUGGCUACUGCAAAGGCAGAGGCGACGAGGAUUCCCUGACCUCGGAAAAGCUCUACGCUUUCUGCAGCGAGGAGGUGAAGGAGUUCAUCACGCUGCUGAGCGAUUCCGAAGCUUCCACGCCCCGUGCUGUCGACCUUCCAGACUUUGCCGAAGAGAGGCUUGAAAGUCACUUGGACCUGCAGCGCGAGUGGGAGGAGGCUUACGAAGAAGGACGAGGGGAGCCAACGACCAGAAAGGCGGCCUUGUCGGCGCCGAUCAUCCGACCGCCCCUCCCUGCUCCGACUGCUGUGGAGCUGUCGGGUGACUGGGUCGACAGCAUGGGGAACCUCUUGCAGGUCAACCCAAAAGCGACGCAGGCCCGCCUGGUGGGACCCCGCGGCACGCGCACGCUGCGGCUUUCCAAAGACAACUGGGGCAGGCUGUGGUGCGGCACUUACGUCUUGCUGGAGAUAGGCUAUGAUGAUGACGAGGGCACAGAUUCAGCUGCACCAUCGUGCCUCGCUUGGCGCACAACUAGGUGGCAGAAGUCAAUAUGGCACCGGACCGCACGAAGGGAGAAGCCGGAACCAGAAGUUGUCCGGUGGGUGCUGUAA